AUGAACACCAACUGGCCCGCCAGCGUACAGGUGUCCGUCAACGCCACGCCACUCAUCAUCGAUAGGGGAGAGAACAAGACCUCUCACAAGCCGUUACACCUGAAGGAGGUGUGUCAGGCGGGCAGGAAUAUGAUCCAGAUCACCUCACACCUAUUCCUGUUACAACUGGUGCACCGGCCGACCGUGCGGUCUGUACUGCAGGGUCUGCUCCGCAAACGCCUCCUACCUCUCGACCACUGCGCCGCCAAAAUCAAGAGGAACUUCACGAACGGCUCGCUUCCGGCCAAUCAAAGUAAUCAGACGGCGGUCGAGGAGGGAGUGGAACAGACGGCCAUCAAAGUGUCCCUCAAGUGU